UCAACAAUGUCUCAUUUUAUUUUUCCUCGGUCGGUCCAACCCAAACCCAAUACCUUCACCGUCCGCACAUUCUCUCUCUUCUUUCUCUCUUUCAAAGCCACCAUUUCUUCACCUGCAAUUCAUUUCUUUUCAAUUCUGUUCUUCACAGACUAAUUCAAUGUUUGAUUUAGGCGAUAAUCUUACAAUAGAAACCUAUAGAAUUCCAUGGCUCAUUUGGAUCCAAAUCAUUAUCUUUUUUCUUCUAAUUUUCCUUGUUUAUUCCUUCACCGCUUUUAGUUCAGAUCUCUCUCACACCAACUCUUCUCCUUCUCCUUCCUCUCCUUCAUUAGCUACAGCUUCUACUACUUCAUACUUGAACAAAGAAAUUCUCAAGCACAAUAACAACACUACCGUCACAAAUCGACUGCAGCUUCAUCAGGUAGGAGAAAGGCAAAGUAUAAAAGGAGAGAUAGCAACAGGCACAAGUAGUAGAAGAAUAAUUACAGAAGAGAGUAGAGAAAGGGAAGGCUUUUCAACAAACGCCAUAAUAGAAUUCCAUCCUUGCGACUAUUUUAGGCUUGCGAAAUUAGCUUUUCUCAAGUGUUUCGGAUUAGACUCCACCUCUGAUCAGAGUUCUUCAAGCUCUGACAGGAAAAAAGAAAGGUAGAACACUGUAUUUGAGAAAAAGAUUGCAAUUGUAAAUAAUUGUAAAGAGUAGCUCAAAUUGGAUUUUUUUUUUUUUUAUUUUUGAAAUUCAAUCCAAGCUUUAUUGACUGGACACACUUCUCAAUUAGUUUUUGGCUUUGUUCA